AUGGCUAUACAUCAACUACCAUCAGAAUCCCAAUGGAAGAUCGUUUCUAGUUCCUUUAUUUACGGUCCAGUAGCAGCUGUAAGGGAGUUAUUAGAUAAUAGCAUCGAUUCGGGUGCCAAAAAGAUAUACGUUGAUGUAGACUCCACUACAGGAGGGUGUGAGUAUAUAUCGGUUAAGGAUGACGGAUCAGGUGUGGAUAUUAGCGAUAGACUUUCGAUGUGUUUGAACCACACCACGUCAAAGAUAAGUACGUUGGGUGAUAUUUCAAUUUUAACUACCUUAGGGUUCAGAGGUGAAGCGCUGUUUCUCCUAUCAAAUUUGUGUAAUCAGCAAGGCUCAAUGCAAGUGGAGACGAAAACAGGAGAUGAUGUCAUUGGAGAACAAUGGUUAAUCGAUAGCGAAGGUGCUAUUGCUAAUGGAAAACGGUAUAAAGUGUCUUGUCCCGUUGGUACUACGGUAACACUAAGAAAACUCCUCGGCGGAUUGCGAGCAAGAUACAUUGAGAUUUCCUCGAAACCAAGAAAAUCACUUGAUGAACUAACAUACUUGAUAAAUCAUUAUUCCCUAAUUCACAGAGACAUUCGAUUUUAUUUUUCACUAGUGUCAUUACGAAAGAACGGUGCCGUCGAGCGUAAACAAAUGCAAGAGACGCUAGAUUCCAAGAUUUCUAGAGCACGAAGUUUAUCCUUACUAACUAAACUGAAAAAGCCUGUGUCACUAAAUUUUAUUACAGAGGAAAAAUUAGUCAUUGACGAGAAGAUAACUUUAGACUUGAUCUUGCCAAGAAUGGUGCCACAAUCCGAUGUUAUUAACAUAAAGAAGCGGUUUAGAUUUUUAUCUGUCAAUAAAAGGGCCUUAUCCAUAAGUUUGGAGACAGGAAAAGCUAUUUCUAAGCUAAUGUCAUCAAUCUACAGGAGCGCAAACCUACUGGAACCUAUGGUUUGGUUUAUUAACUUGAAUUGCGAUACAAAACUACUUGACGUAAAUAUUGAACCAGAGAAAAAUGAUGUGAUGAUCAAAAGCUUUGAAGUGAUACUUGAAAAAAUUGAAACUAAAUUGAAGUCUCUAUUAGAAAAGUGGAUUGGCACAAAUAGGAAUUUGCCAGGCGAUGAAAAUGUUCAGUCUCCUGCCAAGAAAGGAAUUAUUCCUACAUCAAUGAUUCUUCAACCUGACGUGGAGAACGAGACAAUCAAAAGUCGGAACAAUGCUACAGAUGAAGAUAAAAGUGAAGGCAAACAAAAAAAGUCCGGUUCGAUAAUACACCCACUUUAUGUGGACGAACCAAACUUGGAAAAUACGACUAUUGUUGCUGCAACUUCUUCUCCUCCACAGCUUGGCGAAAAUGAAGCUCUUGACCAGCAAACUCAGGAGGAUCAUCUAAACUGUAAAAUAUCAAGUUCCGGAUCCAUAGCUUCCGAGGAUGCUACAAAUUGGCGUCAUAAUUUGCAACAAGAAUUGAGCGAAAGCAGUGAAGUGAUAGGAGCUGGCUCCUCUACAUUGCCCUCUUCACUAACUUAUAACUACAUAGAAACUAUUCCAGAAGACGAAGAUUUAGAAGUCUCCAAAGACGCUUCUAUUUCUAAUCCCUUUAUGAUUACGAAAAUAAGAAAUGCCAACAAGAAACUAAGCGAAGACCCAUACAAGGCUAAACAUAAUAAUUGCGACAGCGCUGGUGCAAGUGAAAUACGCGAGAGAAGGCAGCUGUCAAACACAGCGAAAGGUGAGCUAUUGAAGCUUCAGCAAAUUUACAAUAAAAGAAGCAGCAGCGCGGACAUUACCGAUCCACAUAAUUCGAAACAAAAUAAUAUUGAUAAAUACGCAAAAAGGGUGCCCUGCAUGCACAAUAGAAAACCAAAACUCAUGCAUUUUUCCGAAUAUACCAAUAACUACGUCUUCACUCUAGAAAACAGAAAGCUUUCAACACACAGUACCGAUAGCUUCGCCAAAGAAGCUCUGUGGUUACGGUCCAGAGAUGAUCAUGCAAACCCUUCGUCCAGCCUUUUGCAAGGUCUACGAGGGCGUGUGAAGAAGCGGGGACGCAUUGAAGUCACGGCAAAUGAGUGGUGCCUCUUCACACUAGACAGCACCUGA